GUUGCAGCAUCAAGCUGGUGGCUAGAGGGUAUUUGAAAAUGGUAUUACAAUGCUGCAGGGUUUAAUAAACUGGGAUUAAUGCGAGACAAUACAAUACAUGUGGAUAACGAUGUUCAAGAAGCCAUAAUUAGGCUUCCUGAGAACCUGUAUAAUGACAGAGUGUUUUGUAUUAAGAGAGCCCUGGACCUUUCCAUGAGGCAGCAGAUCUUGGCUAAAGAGCAGUGGACAAAAUAUGAGGAGGAUAAAUUCUACCUUGAACCGUAUCUGAAAGAUGUUAUUCGGGAAAGAAAAGAAAAAGAAGAAUGGGCAAAGAAGUAAUCAUGUAAUCAAAAUCUGUGGAUGCAUCUGUCCUCAGUAUUUUAAUUAUGUUGGUUAAACCUGAAAUGUACA